CAACGACGUUUGCGCUACCGGUUGCAGCUUCGAAGAUCGAGUCUCCGAGUUGCGCAGCCAACUUGAAGUCGAAACACUUCUCUGUGUGCACCUGCCGAGUCCGAUCGAGACCCCUCUUCUGCCCCCAUCGCCUCACAAAGCCAAUCAGCCCGCGAAUCGUCGAGGGCCAUCCGGGCCCCAGACGCCGGAAAGCCUCGCUAUGUGCAGAAAAGUCGUCUUCAAGGGAUCCUGCCCGCUCUGCUCCAAGGAGUUCACGUGGGACGAGCUCGCGCUGGAGCUGACCUGCCUCGAGGCCAAGAAUAACGGGGUGUUCGGCCUGUGCAAAGACGGGAUAUCGGAGGACGAGAAGCCCCACGACCAGGAGUGUGACGCCUGCGCGGCCGAGCAGGAGGCCGACGAGGGCUACGACGGCGGUACGGAAGACGCUCCCGACCUGUUCGGCGCCGGCUGGUCCGGGAGCAAGGCGGAAACCGCUGACGAGGACCAAGACAGCGGGAAACACAAGAACAAGAAGCAGCGGAUAAGAUGAAAGUCAUCAAGGCACGCAAACCUGAAGGACGGCGCGAAUGUCAUAUGUGCGGGAGCGUCCAGAGUUCAACAGUCUGUUGGGACCCACCGCUACUAGCGACACGCACUUCGUUCAUCCGAGAUAUCCGCCACUGAGGUGCUCGCGGCGACGGCGGCAGUAGGCAAGGGCGCGGAAAGACUGGGAUAAUACCGCGCAC